UCAGCCACUACCAAUACCAAGAUGGAAGCUGUUGUGUCCUGUCAUGUUUUUUGUUGUUUUUGAAGUUUUACGAGUUUUUAUCGAUAAAAUAGUUACUUAAAUGUUUGUUAGAUAAAUAUUUAAAUAUGUUAAGCGUUUAUCACCUAUUUACAAGUGUUUAGAGUGUAUGUACGUUAAAGGAUAUGCUUAAUAAUACCACAAAACAUAUGGAAGUAGGUUACUGAACAAUUAAGAUGUUUUCUGCAUUUAGAAGACUUACUGGUAAAAAUGAGAAUAAUUCAGCAGGUGGUGAUGCCUCUAGACCACCUGGACAUCGAACAAUGUCCACUUCUCUUCAGAGAAAAUUUGCAAGGGGAGUUCAAUAUAACAUGAAAAUUGUAAUCAAGGGUGAUAGAAAUGUAGGAAAAACUUGCUUGUUUCACCGCCUUCAAGGCAAAAAGUUUAUAGAAGAGUAUGCACCUACCGAAGAGAUUCAAGUUACUUCGAUUCAUUGGAACUACAAAGCUACAGAUGAUAUUGUUAAAGUAGAAGUUUGGGAUGUAGUAGACAAAGGAAAAAAGAAGAAAAGAUUUGAUGGCUUGAAGUUAGAAAAUGCACAAUUAGAAAUACCUGACGAGCCAGCAUUAGAUGCUGAGUUUCUAGAUGUUUAUAAAGGAACUAACGGUGUUAUCAUGAUGAUGGAUCUCACCAAAGCUUGGACUUUUGAUUACAUUCAAAGAGAGCUUCCAAAGAUACCGGGCCAUAUUCCAGUGAUUAUUUUGGCAAACCACUGUGAUAUGUCUCAUCACCGCACCAUUACCCCUGAUCAUGUUUUAUACUACAUAGAGUCCAUAGUAGAGUCUCGUUCAGCUCAAGUUCGUUAUGCAGAGUCUUCCAUGCGAAAUGGCUUUGGUCUCAAACUUCUUCACAAAUUCUUCAACUUACCAUUCUUACAACUUCAAAAAGAAACGUUAUUACGACAACUAGAACGAAACGAAGAAGAAAUCCAAGCCACAGUCCUAGAACUGGACACAUACUUUAGUUCUGAUGAAGCAAACUACAACAAAUUCCUAGAUAAUCUAGUCAAAAAAAGACGUGAAAUUGCAGACUUGAACGCCAACAUUCCUCAACAACAAAACAUCACCAAUACUAUGCAUCCUUCAGCAUCCUCCAGUCAAAUUGGGGCUCCUCAUCAAUCGUCUGGCUCUGGGCAGGGCGACAUGAAGAGGUCACAGAGUGGCCCUAUCAUUAUAGGCGCUGGAAAACCCAUUCCAUUCGGCAAAAACGUCGAAAUAUUUUCAAACGAGAAAAAGACUUAUAUUGGGGCCAAUAAUAAGAGCGACAGUAGUGGCAAAAAGGGUGGGGAAUCUAAUCUAGUCAGUCCAGUAACGUCAGUAGACGAGUUUUGCCCUGAAGGGGGUCAAUUAGACAGAAGUUUCUUGGAAGAUGUUCAACUGAGUUCACAAGCCAAUAACUACAUAGAGUCUGAUAGUGACGAAGAUACUGGAAAUCCCCUUGUAUCUGAAUUUCAGGAUGAUUUGGAUGACGAAGCUGAGGUUUCCAAGCCCAGUUCUAAACCUAAUAAUCAGGCAAAACAUGCCCCAGAUUCGAACCAAAAAAAUGCCCCAAAACCCCAACAACAACAACAACAACAGCAAGAGUUUGAGACGAUGAAGCAGAGUAACGACGAAAUGGAUUCUACAAUAAAUUCAGAAAUUUCUGAAAUCAAUUCAGAAGCUUUCGACUCCUGGAUGGCCGCCGAUACUAGAUGGAGACGAUCUCCAGAGGGAGGUGAAGAUGAUUCUGUGGUAUACCAAACGUUGGAUUUUAGCGGUGGAAGCGUGGCUUACGAUGACAACUCAAGUCUAACUUCUUCUAACAUCCGGAUGGAGCUAUUAUCCUCCAGAAACAGCCAAAGAUCAGUCAACGACAGCCUUUGCAGCGAAAACGAUGACGCAAAUGGUGGUGGCCAUCUUAAUAACGCGAAGAAGGAGAAGAAGAAGAAGGACAAAGACAAGUCUGAAAAGAAACAUAAGCACAAGAAGUCGAAAGAUAAAGACAAAAGCGGUAAAGAGUCGUCUAGUAAGGGGGACAAAAAGCACAAAAGGCGUUCUCGUGAGGAGACGUCCUGUCAAAGGGACGAACUGGAGGAAUUCCUUAAUGGUACCGCCAGUCCCACGAUUGAUUCUGCUUAUGAGGCCAUUUAGCAGUUAACAUUUCUUUUGCCUUACAAAUAUUUAGUGCUUAUCAACAAUAUACACGCCUUGAGCGAAUAAUUUUUGUGACGCAAUCCUUGGGGAAAGUCCCCAGGUUUCAGGCGAUAUCAAAGGGAAGAAAUGCCUCUCUGGGAUCAGUAACAAUAUUCCCAUGCUUGUGCCCAACGUUGUUGCGAUGUUACAAUGUUUUUUUUUUAAAUAUGAGUGAGAAAUAUUUUUUUAUUCCAUUAGCUACAUUUUGCUCGGGCUCUCUAGAUGAAACUUUUAUUUAUUAUUAAUAUAAUUGAAUCAGUUCAUUUAAAUGAAAUUAUAAAUGAACAUUUAGUUGAAAUUAAAUUAUAAAUCGUAUUAAAUUUUUCUGUGAUACAUUGCAAAAUAUAAUCAGAAAGAAAAUAAUUACUAAAUAUGGUUCGUUCUUCACACUUUUAAAGAAGUUUUCUCCGGUAGUUGUUCAUAUGGAAAAUUAUUUUCUUAAGACCCCCAACAUCGUUUUUAUAGUGUUAUUAAUAUAUAAUAUAAAAAAAUAUAUGUGCGCUUAUUAAAUGGAAUAAAAUGCUACUAAAAGAUAACUUAUAUUCACGUUUAUUAACCGUAUAGUUAUCAUAAUUUUAUUUUCAAACAAUAGUUUUAAAUGUUACUUCAUCUGUAACGUUACAAAAUAAUAAAUGUAUUUUUUGUUUAA